AUGCUGGGGGAGGGGCUGGCGGCCUCAACCGCAGCUGUGGAACCAGACCGAGGGCCGAAGGCUAAGGGGCACCGCUGGGUCGGAGGACUUCACGAGUCGGGAGAGGACUGCACCGGGGAUCGGGGCGAGACUCGGUGGCGCGCGAGCGUGUCCCGGGAGAGUUCUGGUACUCGGGGGCACAGUAGUGUCUACCGGUGGAAGCGGGUGCGGAGGAAAGAGGGGGCACGGCCCCCCACCCACGUGUACAUUGGGCGAGAUCCUCUCCUCCGCCACCCCCCUGCCCUUCCCCGUCCUGGGGGCCUCUCAUUGGACCGAGGCACUGUCGAUCCGCCUCGAGUCAGGAAGGCGAUUGGAAGCGAGGCCUUCGGACCGCCUCCAUCCUGCUCGGAUUGGCUGGUUGUGCGUUGGCGCAACGGAAGAGGCGGCCGGCCGAGGGUGCGCCUCUGCUCCGGCUGGACUGCCGCGGAGAAGACAAGGAGGCAUCUGAAACUGGGGGGCUGGCUCGGGCGGCAGCGGUGGCUGCUGCCCAUGGAGCGCCACAGCAGGACCGCCGCUACCACCGCCUCGUUGGCCGAGGAGCCGGCGCCCAGUGGCUCCGAAGGGCGGCGGCGGGAGCCACUGCGGCGCCGGGCGAGCAGCGCGUCGGCGCCCGCGGUCGGGGCCUCGGCGGAGGGCGUGAGGCGGGUCCGGCCUGGCUCCUACAGCGGCCCUGCCUCGGUCUCCCGCCAGCGCGUCGAAAGCCUCAGGAAAAAGCGGCCGCUUUUUCCGUGGUUUGGCUUGGAUAUUGGUGGAACCCUGGUCAAGCUGGUUUAUUUUGAACCCAAAGAUAUCACUGCCGAAGAAGAGGAGGAAGAAGUGGAAAGUCUUAAAAGCAUUCGGAAGUACCUGACCUCCAAUGUGGCUUAUGGGUCCACGGGCAUUCGGGACGUGCACCUCGAGCUGAAGGACCUGACUCUGUGUGGACGCAAAGGCAAUCUGCACUUUAUACGCUUUCCCACUCAUGACAUGCCUGCUUUUAUUCAAAUGGGCAGAGAUAAAAACUUCUCGAGUCUCCACACUGUCUUUUGUGCCACUGGAGGUGGAGCGUACAAAUUUGAGCAGGAUUUUCUCACAAUAGGUGAUCUUCAGCUUUGCAAACUGGACGAACUAGAUUGCUUAAUAAAAGGAAUUUUAUACAUUGACUCAGUUGGAUUCAAUGGACGGUCCCAGUGCUAUUACUUUGAAAACCCAGCUGAUUCUGAAAAAUGUCAGAAGUUACCAUUUGAGUUGAAAAAUCCAUAUCCUCUGCUGCUGGUGAACAUUGGCUCAGGCGUUAGCAUCUUAGCAGUAUAUUCCAAAGAUAAUUACAGGCGGGUCACAGGUACCAGUCUUGGAGGAGGAACUUUUUAUGGUCUCUGCUGUCUUCUUACUGGCUGUACCACGUUUGAAGAAGCUCUUGAAAUGGCAUCUCGUGGAGAUAGCACCAAAGUGGAUAAACUAGUGCGAGACAUUUAUGGAGGGGACUAUGAGAGGUUUGGACUGCCAGGCUGGGCUGUGGCUUCGAGCUUUGGGAACAUGAUGAGCAAGGAGAAGCGAGAGGCAGUCAGUAAAGAGGACCUCGCCAGAGCGGCUUUGAUCACCAUCACUAACAAUAUUGGCUCAAUAGCAAGAAUGUGUGCCCUUAAUGAAAACAUUAACCAGGUGGUAUUUGUUGGAAAUUUCUUGAGAAUUAAUACCAUCGCCAUGCAGCUUUUGGCAUAUGCUUUGGAUUAUUGGUCCAAGGGGCAGUUAAAGGCACUUUUUUCGGAACACGAGGGUUAUUUUGGAGCUGUUGGAGCACUACUUGAGCUGUUGAAGAUCCCCUGAUCAUACCUGGGGAGGGGUUCCUGGAACCUAUCAUAGUGGGAUCCGUGGACUGUUGUUUUUUUUAAGAGACUUACUCAGUUUUAUGAUUGUGUACUACCUAAAUCAAAGCGAGAAAAGGACAAGUGUAUUUUUCUAAGUCAUGAAGAUAAAUCCUUAAACAUUGGUCUAAACUAGCAACCAGAAGGAAAUAUUAUAUUAAAAACAGAGUGGACCAUG